AUGCUCCUUAAGGGAAAUGAGGCCCUAGAAUACGCCGGAAAUAUGAAGACGGAGUGCAAGCAGACAGCACUCGAAUGCUUGCAAUCCCUCGACGAAAUGGUUCUGGCCCUAUCGGACUCCAGGUCCGGACACAAAUAUUACCCGGAGAAGGCGCACUCGCAGCGCACAAGAACUGAUGCGAGUAGAGGGGCUGAUAAAAGAACUGGCCUCAGAUCUGGA